AUGACGUCAUCUUUGACGGGUUACGAUUUGGUGGACAUUGGAGCGAAUUUGGGGCAUCCUUCUUAUAAGAAUGAUAUUGAGCAAGUGAUCGAGAGGGCCCAGAAAGCUGGUUCGUAAUGAAUCUCUAUUAAAAAUCGUUUUUUUUAAGAUUGAAAAUUAAAAAAAAAAAAUUUUCAAAUUAGGAAGAUGUUCAGCGUUUUGCAGAGUUUUAAGCAUAAGUUGGAAUUGGAAAUUUUUAAAAAAAAACGGCAAAUGUUUUUUUUUUCGCUGGCUUUAUCAGUGGAGCGCACUCUAGCGUUUUUUUCACCGGCUCAACUUUCACAAAUGUUUCUCUAUAUUUUUCAUGAAAAAAAAAAUUAAUAUUAACCUUUCUCGAGCAGAAAAAGGUAAAUGAACUUAGAAGCACAUAUAAAUGAUUUUCUAAGUUUGGUUAUUUUCUUUCAAAUCUCAAAUUUAUGCAAAGAGAAAAAAUUUGAAGGUGUGAACAAGAUAAUGAUAACUGGGACAAGCGAGAAAUUGAGCAAAGAAGCCGCGAAGUUGGCCGAAACACACCCCGGAUUCUUUUAUUUCACGGCCGGUUUGUCCCAAAAAUGUUUUCCGUGGAAGAAUCCGACUUUUUGAAGGAGUUCAUCCUCACGACGCCAAAGACUUCAAUGAAUCCACUACAGCUACUCUUAGAGAGCUUUUGGUUACUUUUUUCUCGAGAAAAAUUGAUUUUGAACAAUUUUCAAGAAACACGACCAAUGUGUCGCGGUUGGCGAGUGCGGAUUGGACUAUAAUCGCAAUUUUUCGCCUCAAGGCGUCCAACGGGAUGUUUUCAGGAAACAGGUUUGUUAUAUAUAAUUUAUAGGUACGUUAUAAAAAGGUUCCUUCGAUUUUUUUCCUUUUUUUCAUUAAAUCGCAAAUUUCAAAAGCAAGCUUUUUCUUUUGAGAUAAUGUGAGUGGUUUCUGCGAGGUUUUUUUAAAAAAAUUCAAUUUUUGGAAAUUCGAGUUAUUCAAAUCCCCCAGUACUCAUUUUGAUUCCUUGUUGUGAAAAAUGAAAAAAAGCUUAUGAAAAAAAUUUUGUCUGGAUAAAUAAGAUUCCUUUAAAAAUCCACAUGAAGUAGCAAAUUUUUCGGUCCGUGGCAACUUUUUUUGAAUUUUUUUCGAAGUUGAAACAUUUUUUUAUUUAAAACGUAAAAAAAUAUAUUUUUACAGGUCGAAUUAGCCGUGGAAUUGCAAAGACCCCUGUUCAUACACGAAAGAGAAGCCCAUGAAGAUAUGGUCAAAAUUUUAGGCGAAGCUGGCGAAAAGUUGGAAAUUCCCGAGAAAAUGAAGAAAAUAUGAAAGAUUUUGACAGAAUCCCACCAACUGUGAUCCACUGUUUCACGGGAACUGUGGACGAGGCAAAGAAAUACAUCGAAAUGGGCUUUUAUAUUGGAUUGACAGGUUCGAAUCGUAAAAAAAUGAUGGUUAAUUGGAAAGAAAGGAUUUUUUACUAACAAUAUGCCCGUAUUUCAUUAAGAAUGA